AUGCAUGAUACCGCGGCUUUCCGCCAGGUGCGGUCUGCCAUUGAGAUUGGCCGAGAUCCGGAUGCUCUGUUGUCGGACGACGAUUGGUUGAGAUACGCGCAGAAGAAGCAUGCGGUAUUCUACGACCCGCUGGUCAAGCUGGCGUUCCAAGUGGCUGCUGACGCUCACCAAGGCCAGUUUCGCAAGAGCGGCCAGCCAGUUGUCUCUCACUGCGUGGAGACGGCGCUCAUCCUCGCCGGCAUCGGCGCCGACAAAGUCGUCGUCGCCGCGGGUCUGCUGCACGACGUCAUCGACGACACUGCGACGUCGGAGCAGGACCUGCGCGACAUCUUCGGCGACGAGAUCGCGUCGCUCGUCGCCGGCGUCAGCAAGCUGAGCCUCGUCUCGCAGCUCACGCGCGACAGCUCGCGACAGCUCACCUCCUGCGAAAUCGACAACCUUCGCACGAUGUUCGUCGCGAUGGCGGACGUUCGCGUGGUCCUUGUGAAGCUCGCGGACCGCAUGCACUGCCUGCGCACCAUCGACGCGCUCCCCGCGAAAACGCAGCAGCGCAUCUCCCGCGAGACGCUGGACGUGUUCGCGCCGCUGGCGAACCGGCUGGGCAUCUGGUCGUGGAAGGCGGAGAUCGAGGACGCGUGCUUCCGCUGCCUGCACCCGCGCGAGCACGCGGACCUGCUCGCGGAGCUCGACCGCACCAGCAGCGGCGGCGGCGGCGGCGCGAACAGCAGCGGGUUUGCUAGCAGCGUUGCGGGGUGUGCUGGCAGCAGGAGUGCGGGUGGGGCGGAAGAGGGCGGUGCGGGGAGCGGCAGCGGGAGCGGCGGAGGCGGAGAAGCGAGCGUGAUGGCGGCGAUCCGACGGCUGAGCGCGGCGCUGGAGGCGAAGGGGGUGCAGUUCGAGGACCUGAGCGGGCGGCCGAAGAAUCUCUACAGCAUCUUCAACAAGAUGUCCAAGAAGGGGCGGUCACUUCACGAGAUCAUGGACGUGCGCGGGCUGCGCCUCAUUGCGGCGGACGAGGCGGCGUGCUACGAGGCGCUCGCCGUGGUGCACUCGCUGUGGGCGCCGUGGGCGGGCCGCCACCUCAAGGACUACGUGCGCGUGCCCAAGCCCAACGGCUACCAGUCGAUCCACUCGGUGGUGUGCGGUGACGAUGGGUUGCCGCUGGAGGUGCAGAUCCGCACGCCCGCCAUGCACCACCAGGCGGAGUUCGGCGUGGCGGCGCACUGGCGGUAUAAGGAAGCGGGGUUCCGUGACAAUAACGGGGAUAAAGCACUCGGGAAAGAGAAGAGUAGCAGCAGCAGUAGAAAACAGGAGGGUAAAAAGUCAUCGUCCCCCCCCUCGUCCUCCUCAGGGCCGUCACCAGCGGUACUGGCGAAGAUAGAAUGGGUGCGGUACGUUCUGUCGUGGUACAGUGAGAUGAGCGACACCAAGCUGCGCCUCUCCCCGCCCUCCAAGCGCCUGUCGCCCUCCUCUCUCUACCUCGCCAGCAUGGCCGCCGUCGGAUGCGGCGCUCCUGCCACCGUCGCCACUGCCACCGCCGCGUCCUCCCCCUCCUGCUCCCCCUGCUCCUCCCCCUCAUGCUCAACCCCAGCCUCCUGCUCCCCUUCGGGCUCAUAUCCGACUCACUGUAUGGGUUCUGGCGCGUGUGGGAGUGCCGCUGCUGCUGGUGCUGCAUGCGGCACUGACUGUGACGAAGCCUCUUCCUCUGAGAUGCACGAGCGGUGCCCCUUCCCAGAGCACUUGGAGUCGUGCCGCUUCCGCACCUUCCCCUUCAGCAGCUCGCCAACAAGCCCAUUGCCUACAGGGGCUGCCUUUGCAGCGACCUCAGCUCCUGGGGGGAUGGGUGCGUUUGCAGCGGGCGCGCCGUUUGCGAGUGCGCCGGUGCCGCCAGCAGCAGCAGCGAUGGAGGACGAGGAGAUCUACGUGCUCGUCAUGGACGGCGAUAGCAUAUCCGUCCGGGAGGUCCCUGCCACGACCACAGUCGCAGCAUUCCUAGAGCAGUAUGCAGGGGAGGAAAGCUCGUCACAAAGCUUCCCACACGAGAAGCCUGAGAAGCUGAACGCGGGGGGCUCACCAGAUACGCUGCUCCUGCGGGAGCUGUGGCAGAAGCAGGACGAGCUGCGCCUCACUCACCCCCACCAGCAGCACGUGGGGCAGCAGCAGGGAGGCGAGCAGCAGGCAGGAGCAGGCAAGGGGCGGCGGAUGUCUCUGCGGGUCAACUCAGAGGUGGUAGGGGAGGGCGAGGCUGCGAGUCGCAGGCUGAGGAUGGGCGAUUUGGUGGAAGUGGUGCUGGACCGUGCUGCUGUCGGUGCUGCUGAUUGCGCUACUGCUGGUGGUUGUGGUGGUGCUGUUGCUGUUGGUGGUGCUACUGCUGCUGGUUCUGGGGCUGGUUGUGUGUUGGAAGAGGCUUUACCAGGGGCAGGAGCAGCGUUUGAGGAGGGAGUGACUGGGGAGGCGGUGGUGGAAGAAGGGUUGGAGGAAGGGGGACUGCUUCCCGCGUUUGCCAUGCUGCAUGAAGAGGACGACGAGGAUUGGCUUGUGGUGGCGCAUGGCCGUAGCAGCAGCAGCAAGAACAGCUUGGGAGGGACGUUAGCACCCGGGGUCAUGGCGGGUGCUUGGUGCUUGUGA